GAGGAGGGUGGUUCAUCCGGGUGAUCCGGGUACUUGUUCCGGAGGCGCAAAAAGCUCCGCCAUUUUGGUAAUGUGUGUUUUGUUGGUGCCUGGUACAUUGUUAACUUGUGGCGAGUUGAAGGGCCCUUUGCGGGUGCGCGCAGUGAAAUGACAUGAAGGCGACAGUGUUUAUCGCGCGCGUAAGCACGGGGGGAAGUCGUGAAACGGUGCGGGCGUAGUGGAAUGAUGUGGCCGCCAUGGCAGUCAUGAGGCGACGGCUCAAGCCCAAGUGAGCGGGGCCCAUGAGCGAAGACCUGUUUCCUUCGAUGUCUUUGUGGCGACGGCUUGUUCUGGACGCUCACCACGAUCCUUGCUGCACGGAGUGACCCAAGAUGCGACCCCUGUGUGAACGCGACGUGUGCACGACGCUCGGGAUUACAAACCGUUCGCUCGCGCGUGCUACACUGCUCGUGUUGUGCUGCUGGGGAGGCCUCUCGUUUGCGGUGAGCCCGAGCCGUUUCCCAGCCACACCCAUGCGGUGCGAGUACUACAACGAGACGCUGUGCCAGGGGCCUCCGGGCCCUGGCGGUGUUCCGCUCCCAGGCUGCAACGGCAGCGAGGAGUGCAAGCCUGGUGAGAAUGAGAAGGGGAACCUGUGUUACGUUCUAUGGCAGAACACCAGCGGCUCCCUCAGCAUCAAACUCAAAGGCUGCUGGGUGGGCAACAACCACGAGUGCAGCCGGAGCGAGCACUGUGCCGAGACCAAGAGGGAGCCGGGCGUGCAGCUGCUCUUCUGCUGCUGUGAGGGGGACCUGUGCAACUCCCACCUCAAGCCCUCCGCCAAGCUCACCCCUGCACAGUCCCCCACGACGGCCUCUUCCCCCGUGCGGCUGACGCGGAGCGACCUGCGCUGGGAGACGGUGCUGGCAUGCAGCCUGGGGCCCGUGGUGGGCAUGGCUGGCCUGCUGCUGGCAGCCUGGUGGGUGUGGCAGCGGCGCAAGCUGCACCACGCCCCCUUCGCCCAGGUGCCCACAGCCGAGCCCACCCCGCUGCCCUCGCCCCUGGUGCCCCCCCGCUCCCUGCAGCUCAUCGAGGUCAAGGCCCAGGGCCGCUUUGGGGCCGUCUGGAAGGCCCGCUAUGGGUCGCAGUACGUGGCCGUCAAGAUCUUCCCGCCCCAGGACAAAAACUCCUGGGCUGUGGAGAAGGACAUGUACAAACUUCCCCAGAUGAAGCACGAAAACGUGCUGGCAUUCCUCGGGGCUAGCAAAAACGGGGACAACCUGCACGUGGAGUACUGGCUCGUCACCGAGUACCACGAGCGGGGAUCCCUUUCAGAUCACCUCAAGGCCCACCUGGUGAGCUGGGGGGAGGUGCUGAAGAUUGGGGAGUCAAUUGCCCGGGGCCUGCGGCACCUGCACGAGGAGCUGCCGGCCAGUAAGUUGGAGCCGUACAAGCCGGCCCUGGCCCACCGGGACUUCAAGAGCAAGAAUGUGCUGCUCAAGGCCGACAUGACUGCCUGCUUGGCAGACUUUGGCCUCGCCCUCGCCUUCCCCUGGGGAACCUCUCCCGGCGAGGCACACGGGCAGGUGGGCACACGCCGGUACAUGGCGCCGGAGGUGCUGGAAGGAGCCAUCAACUUCAGCCUGGAUGCAUUCCUGCGCAUCGACAUGUACGCCUGCGCCCUGGUACUCUGGGAGCUGGUGUCGCGUUGCUCCGCCCAAGACGGUCCCGUGGACGAGUACAUGCUGCCCUUUGAGGAGGAGGUGGGACAGCAUCCGACCCUGGAGGACAUGCAGGAGGCGGUGGUCAACAAGAAGGUGCGGCCCCGCAUCAAGGACCACUGGAGGAAGCACCAGGGACUGGCUCUGCUGGGGGACACGAUCGAAGAGUGCUGGGACCACGACGCGGAGGCCCGGCUGUCUGCCAGCUGCGUGGAGGAGAGGAUAUCCUUCCUCUACAAGACAGUGCCUCCAACCCCGAGUGAGGUGCCCCUGCUGCUGCCGCCGGGAGACGAGAAGGGUGCGGAUGACGACUGCUGCGUGCCCGUGGUGAACAUCAAGAGUGCUCUGGAGACGUCGGUGCUCCUGCCUCCCAAGGAGUCUAGCAUCUGAGGGCAAUGCCUGCCUCGAGAGUCCGCAAGCUCCCCGGGGGACGGCCGAGGAACAAAGUGCCCGGGCCGUGUUGGACCCUAUCGCCCGCACCGGCGUCCUCUGUGCGUGAGAGCGGCAGUGCGUGUGCGCGCGAAGUGGGAGGAGCAGUUCCACGGGUGUUUCGCAUCUAGUCAGGCAGGCGGGGGCGGGGAGCCGGGAAGCGGGGAAGCGCUCCCGCCUCCACAACGCUGGGUAUCAUCCGCCUCCCCGCCGAGCUCUUCUCGAGAGGUCGCCUCGACCCGUUCGAGCCCCCACUGCAGGAACUGGACGUUUUUUAUCCUUUUGUUUUUGCAAAAAAGAGAGAAAGAGGACUAUUUAUGGUUUUUGCAGCAGUCAACCGAUCGACGAAAGAUUGUGGCCUCGGUGCAGACUGCCUUUCAAUGUCUGUUGCUCGGUGCAGACAGCUUCUAUUUACAUUGUGGAGCCUCUUAUUUUAAAAAGCCGACAGAAUCCUCAGAACAAGCUCUCGAGGUUUUCUCGUAAACAAUAACAGGGUCAUGAAAGAAAAAAACAAAGAAACGAGUUUGCAUUGGUUGUUGCGCGGCGCUGUACUGCGAGGCAAGAGGAAUGUUGUAAAUUUGAGUCUUGUUUAGGUCGUGGGUCUGCUUGGUUGUGGAACAUGCUGCAAGAUCACAGUGGCCCCCCCCCUUUCUGUCGCUGUAUGCUAAACAUUUAAGCUUGCUAAUGUUGCGAAAAAACAUUGCCGCAAAUUAUUCACUUUGGCAUAUGCUCUUUUGUUUUCUGCAUACUUAAGCGAUUUUAUUUUUCCAGGCUCAAUAUUUUGAAAAUUUUGCUAGGUGUCGGUUUCAGGAAUGUUUUGCGGACACAAAAUUUCGUGAUUAGGAGCGAUAUGCAUUGUAUUUUAUAUUAUAGUGCGAUAUGUUCACGUGAUCAAUUUUUAGCAAUAUUUUCUCGGUCGCGAAAAUGUUCCAGUUCACAUGCUGGAUUCAAGAAGAGAAGCUUUUAUCAGGAAAAUCGAAAUUUUCUUCAAAAGCAACUUACUGAGCACCCCAAAUUCGUGCGUUUGGGCUUCGAGCCAUAACAGGCUCACACUACCGUCUGCAUUGGCUUAAUUGUCAUCUUACUGGGCCGUCCAGUUUUGUUGCAUAGGCCAGCAAUUGGCACAUUACUCUAAAGUAUAUUGCAGAUGCUGACUCUGCAACGAUCCUUUGCAUUCCUGCAAAGUGUUUUGGUUAGCGUGGCCCAAGAUUUGCCCCGGGGCAAUGUUUUCUGGCUCGUCCGUGAAAACUCUGGAUAUUAACGGUCAUAUUUCCGAGGGGGGUUCCACUUUGUUGGACACAAAGACAAAGAAAGGAAUCUUGAAUGCAUGUGCAUGUGUGAAUGCAUUCUCUACAUCUUGCAUUGAUAUAAAGAGUAUAAGCCGAUUUUGUUUUUAUAUUUGUUGCUGUUACAUGUGACCUGCUCGUCUUGUUUUCUCACGGUGAUUUGUACAAGAUACAAAGGUGCUGCUUGACCUUAGUAGAAAUCGUUGGUCCUAUAUGUAUCUUCAUGGCAUUUACGAUUGGUAAACUCCAGCCUAAAUCAUGAGUCAUCAAGUUUGUGCUGGCAAAAAAGGCCUGGAAGCUGGGCCCCAUUCAUAAACAAGUUGUGUAAUCGGUGUUAAAAUUUAAAACAGCAGGCACCUAAAGAUGCAGCUUUUGACGUUGAGAGAUUUUCCUCUGAUGCAAUUGUGUAGCCAAAUAACCAUUCAGGCUUUUCGUGUAAUUCAAGAAAGUUUGUGUUUACGGGUAGCCACCAUUUUUUCUCAUCUCAUUUCAUCUCGCAUCCUCAUUGAGACCUGGGAAGCAUUGGUUUGUUUUCUAGGAAGCAGUUGCUUACAAGGGGGUGUCCGUGUGAAUACAACAGCUACGUUUCUGGAGGGGUGCACUAUGAGGCAUGCUAGGCAUUGGGUAUGGCACACCAGGUUGUUCUAGCAUAGUGUAGGCACACUCAGUUAUAAAUUGGAACUUUGCAAAAAUCUAUGAUUCGAGUGUCCCCCACUGGCAGCAAGCUGCCUUCUGGAUGUGAUGUGCUUUCCUCGUGGCAGCCGUUCUGCAGCGCAUAAAGGGGCAGUGCAACGAUCUUAACAUUGACAGACCAUCUUCCCCCGAAAAACUGCUAUUCCGCUGUGUAAUUGCAAAGGAAAAAAUGAAUUAUUUCCAACCUGCAGCCACGUGCGGCGGUUACGGUAACUACGGUGGCACGUCACGGUGGUACUCGUGGAAGUCAACAAAACAUGUCCCUCUUUGCUGCUACACUGGCCAGCAGCCCCGUGGCGAAUUGUCUUUUGUGUCGUUCAGUCGCCGCGACCUUUGGCGAUGCUAAUCCUUGAAAAGUCAAUUGCAGAAGGAGCGAUGAAGAGAGAACUCACGGAAAACCAGGCGUUUCCCCAGAGAAAUCAUUCAAAAUAUUGCGUGAGAGUUGAGGGCACUUUGACCUUAGAUUUCUUUAAUUUCUAAAAUAAAAACUGAUGUGUGUAUGUUAUUGAUGAUUUAUGUACAAUGAGCUAAAAAAACAGACAUUUGUCAAGGUGUGCUGUGUAGGAGAAGGUUUUCGUGCCAACGAAGCACCUGGGGCGGACUAUACGCCUUUCCAAGAAAUAUCGACCCCAGGGCCAGGAGCAGCAGACAGUUUUCGAGCCCAGUCACUGGGUAUUUUUCUGAGGACAUUAGAAAGCAUUGUACCACAAUUAAAAAAACAAAAAGAAAAAAAAAACAAAAAAACUUGUAAACUAUUUCUGUUGGGUAUGUGCGCGAUAGAACAAAAGCAACUACAAAGUUGUCCUUUUUUUUUUUUUUACAUCAAGUUUUGGCGGCGUUGUUGGAUUAGUUGUGUGUCAAGCGACAGAGCGCUUAGCUGUCGAAAAUUAUUUACAACAGAAGAUAGCCCAAAGGCAUGCAUUUUUCACGCUCAAAAAUAAUGUGUUUACCAAUAACCAUUAUAUAAAAAAAAUUUAUUUGAGAAAGAUCUCAAAUAACAGUCACAGUCGACGACAGUCACAUCUUCACGAUCGGACGGAAUCCAAGGUGACUUUGUUUUGGGGCACGUUUCGGGUAGAGCUUCCUUUUUUUCACAACAGCACCGAGGCAAAGGAACGAACGCGACUGACCUGUUUUCCCCUUGAACCCGGACAACUAUUUUUCGAGAUGACUGAGGACUACGCAGAUUAUCCUUGGGGGGGGGGGAGAGAGAACACGAGGGCCGUUUGACGUCCUUCCCCUCCUUCGUUUCCCGUGAAUGUCGAGCAGAGAAGCUUGAAUGGCAGGCACUUACCAGCCCUAUUUUUCACAGUGGAAGAUAACACAGAAAGAGUACUCGGCAUGUGUCACAAAAAUUAAGUGGAAACUUUCAAGCGGGUUCUGAAAACGUUGAAUGCAAAACUGUUAAACAUAGGCAGAGAAUCGUGCUGGGCAGGUUUUUACAGUCCAAGAGAGUGGCAGAAAAUUUCUGGCUGAUAGGGGGUGCAAGAGUCUCGCCAGCCGCAUCAACAUAAUCAACAUGGCGGCGGCUUAGGAGUGUUUUUUUGGAAAGGUGUAUACACCGGGUGCAGACUAUAGCCCGGAAAAUACGGUAAUUGGCCAAAGUCCAAAAAUCGUUGCACCGCCCCUUCAAAUCAACUAGGUUUAGCAACCUGUCAUAUUAUCCAUCACAUCUUACUGUCCAUGGCACAAAACUUCUGACAGUUGACCACAGCAGUACAAAAAAAACAGCUUUAUAAAAGAGCAGAGUGAAACCAAAUUCUAAUGUUCAAUGCAAUAUACAAGUUUUUUAGCUGCACCAAAUUUUAAAUAAAAGGGGGAAACUUAUAUAAAUGUGGUUUUCACUGCAUGUUUAUAUGGCUCUGCAGACAUUAGACUGAUUCAACCAUCACUAUUAACAAAUUGACUAAAAUUUGCUAAAUAACCUUUUAAUUAAUUAAUUAGGAUAUGUUUAUAUUACAACCAUUGAAACAGUUGUAUGCCAAGACUUUAUUUUUUGUAAAAUUUGUGAAACCAUCCUGUGUUCUCGGACAUCUGCCCCCAAAUUUUCUACUUAUUCCGACUUCUUUUUUCCACUUAAUCCGGCAAACCCGCGAAAGUGGGCACUAUAGCUGAACUUUGCUACAUUAGCCGGAUAAAAGCGCAAAAUUCGGGGACGAAUAUCGCGGAACAUGGACUACUGGUUACGUGAAUUCUACAAAAUGGAAAUCUUGGCAUAUAACCAACCGCCUCAAAGUUUGUAAUAAAAAUAUAUAUUCUAAUUACAGUAAUUGAAAAGUUAAUUAACGAAUUUUAGUUACUUAAUUUGAUAAUAGUGAAGGUUAUAUUCCCAUCUAAUGUCCGCCGAGCCAUAUAAACAUGCUGUAAAAACCGCAUUCAUAAAACAUUUCUCCCCUUCAAAGAUAUGUUGCGGCUAAAAAAAACACUGUAUAGCAGUCAACAUUUGUCUAUCUGCAUCACCCUUGCCCGAUGGUGGAAUGCAUGGAUUGGAAUGGCAUGAUCUGUUGGCGACACAAUAAAUGUGAACCUAGAGCCAAGGACCCUUGAAUCUGGAACUUUCACCACAAAUUGGUGUGAUGUUGAAGAAAAAUUUGACUAAUUUGGACACCCACCCAUAAUCUGGAACAAGCUUCGAAUAAGCUGCUAAGAACCAAAAUUUUGCAUGGCAGCUUUUUAUUUUUUUGUAUGAACUGCAUUUUGUUGCCUUGAACAGUGCAUGUAGGAAAGGUUGAUGCUCCUUGCAGAAGUUCAGCACGGAGCCUAUUUUUCUGGAGGUGCACGCACAAACGGAAGGUACAAAAAAGGGCAGAAAAAAACGGGGAGACUUGCCCAUCACUGCCAACAUUCCUGUUUGUACAAAGCAUGCUUUGGUUCCUUUACAGUCAUGUGUUCGAUACUUAAGAGGGUGGCAGUCAAGAGGAACUCAUUCCAACGCAUAGAUGUGCCAUUUCACAACCCUCGGCUUCUCUCCACCUUCUUUUCUUCCCAGUUUCGGUUUUGUCGCCGAAACUGAAAUUCAACCUCAUAGUCUCGCAGAAAUCUCGUAGCAGGUCUAUGGCACCCACAGGAGUUUGUUGUUCAAAACGUGCCAAACGGAGCUUUGCUUCCUCUUUUGUUGACUAUGGCAUCCUCUGAAAGCCUGACGGGUACCUUCAUUGGCCGAAUUGGUUCAUGCAGCAGGACAUUCAGUUGUGCAGUUCCUAUUUUGGCGGUUUUGUUGCACCCUCACAAGCUCCCUUCUGCCAUCGCAUCAUCCCUAUUUGCAUUUUGCCUCAUCUAACCGCGGGAGAACAGCUGGCAAGCCCCAGCCAUGGAUGCGUCCCCCUUAUGUCUGGCAGGUACGCAAAAGCCCCGGGCAAGGCGCAGUGGUGGUGGAUCACUACUUAACGACAACGGACUUGUCUACCGUCUUUGGAGUUGCAGCUGACGUGUUCGUUGAUUGUGCUUACUAAAUUGUACAAGACCAGUAGUAGCUUGUUCAGCGAGGAACGAACGAGCGCCGUAAUGUAACCAGACUAAUUCUGGGCGUUUCGUUGGUUCAGCUGUACACAUUGUGUGUGUGCGUGUGUGCAUGUAAGACUGAGAAAGCCAUGUCGGAUAUGAAUUUGUCCCUUGCGGAAGCAACUUCUGUUGUAUGUAGUAUUGACGACAAAGAAGGACUGAGAGACAGUGCAGGGAUAAUACUCUCAAAAGUCCGCUCUGCAAGCUCGUGGCAUCUGGCGGCUUCCCUCACCACCGGCAGCUAGAGUACAAACCAGUUUGUUUCUGUAAAUAAACAUGCAUACAGUAAUGGAAUACAGGCACGUCAGGAUCUGGUGACAUAAAGCAAAACCAGUGCCGUUUUGCUCGAGGACUUGUAUCCAGAGAAUAGAGGAACAAUCCAGUCUGUUUUCUGGUCUCUUGGCAGGUGGAUGUGUGCUCCCGAAGGCUUUGCUGAAGCCGAGGCAGGGGUGUGCUUUUGCUUUUCAUUCUAGGCUUUUCGACUCUUGCUGAGGCAGCAUAAAAGUGAACGAAAUCGAAAAGGCUGACAGCUGUAGAUGAAAACAAGGUUCUGAUAAGUGCCUUUUCGUUCUGCCAACUGUACUUGCUUCCUUGAUGGUUUUUCUUUUUGUUUUUAUGUCGAUCUCCAAAAGAAAUCGAGCAAGCCCUUAACUCCUGACACGGGCUUGCAACUGUCUGCCUGGUUAGGGAGAAUUCUCGUUUAUUUGAUGCCUGUCCUUAUGUGUAAAAAAAAAAAGAAAAUAAUCAUAAGAGAGCUCAUAAGUGCUGCUGUGAAGGAGCAAAAUUUUAUUUUUAAUACCGCAGGUUUUUGUAAUUUACCUGAUCAAACGGAGUGUUUCACGCUAGUUGGUGUAGUUUAGCUUGUUUUGUCUUGGCAGCAUGCCCUUCCUGCCCCCUUUUUUGUCUUGAGAUUGUAUGUUAGAAGAUAAUGCUUUUUGGUGUCUUGCUUAUGCAAUUUUAGAAUGACUCGGACUGCGUGAAAUAGGGGGCAACGGGGGAUGUGUGACGUUUGAACUUUACUGGCUGAAAGCACUAGGCUUUGCCUAGGGGUUAGCGUUUGCCGUCAAGUAUACACUGUAGAAUCGAGUUUCCGAUUGUUUGUUUGUGAAAAGUUUGCAAUCAUGUUAGCACAAUGAGAAGCAAAUUUUCAUUACUCACCAAACUGUCGAAAACAUGAUGGAGCAAAAUUUUCUCGGCUAAGAGGAAACAAAAAUGAUAAGGUACUCUUGGAAAAGCAGUAUUGGCUGCAGUGUGCUUGAAGUGAGAUUCGGUUUGUUUGCAGUAAUGGCACUUUGUAAUUUGAGCCAUGUACAAAACUUGGCAGUGUGCUGGCUAAAGUAGGCUAUUUCUCUGGGUUUUGUCCAGCAUUACGGAGUGCAAGCUGUGUGUUGGCACCGGCUGUGUGAAGGCCUCAGAAAAGGGUUCCCAUGCAAAGGUGCUAAGCAUACCUUGUUGCAGUGUACAGAUAUCCUCAUUCCCAAGUGCUGGUUCAUCACAUUGCCCCUUUGUACAUUACCCAUUCCUUCUUUUGUUGUUGCAAAACUAUGCUUACUCUGUUCAAAACCAAAAUAAUUUGUGUGCUUUGUUCAUAUGCCCAGACAGAUUUACAAUAAAAGGAAACUUAUCUACAAAAA